AUAAUGGAAAAGAAAUGGUCGCAUUUCAGUUUGGAGCCGCAUUUAAGGAUUUUGCGCUUCGGUGGCUACUGCGCAUUAGACGCCAGUAGCCCACCGAAACGUUUAUAUGUACACAAAAUGUACAUGAGAUUUGUAUUAUUCGCUGCAAUCAUUUUUAUGAUUCAACAUGCAAUUAGAAUUUAUGAAGUGCGUAAUGAUAUGAACACCUUGAUGGAUACGAUGUUUCUACUGUUUGCUUACCUCGGCUCUAUUUAUAAACAAAUUGUAAUGCUCGUCAAACAGAAUGAUGUCCAAGAACUUUUAAACACAAUGAAAGGAGAUUUAUUUAACCAGCCUGAAGAAAAACACCAAAAGCUGCUCAAAAGUACAGCUAGGGAAGCCAAAAUUAUUGUAAGGAUAUACAGUUUAACAUCAAUCGUUACUAGUUUUCUUAUGGCGUUGUAUCUUUACAUUUUACAUGUGCAAGGAACGCACGUCGAGUUUUCUGUUUGGUUUCCUUUUGAACCGAAUACAAAACUAAAAUUUUAUUUUACUUUACUUUAUGACUACAUCCAGAUGGCGUGGAUUGCGUUUAAUAUUACAACACUAGAUGCAUUUAUAGCAUUCUUUUUGCAGCAAUGCACAACACAAAUAAAUAUUUUAGGAUUUUUCACAAAAAUUGAAGCGACAUUCAGCGGGGCCGUUUUCUGUCAAUUUUUGUUCGGUGGAUGGAUUCUAUGCACCACCGCCUACAGACUUGUUGAAAUUGACAAAACAUCAUUACCUUGUUUGACAAUCAUAUUAUUUUUGAUGUGCAUAUUUGCGGAAUUAUUUUUGUUUUGUUUCUAUGGUAGUAAACUUACGGAUGCGAGUGUAAAGCUAAUGGAUUCGGCGUAUUUUUUGGACUGGCUAGAAAUGCCAAAAAAGAAUAGAAGAGAUCUCUUAUUAUUUAUGGAGAUGAUAAAGAAACCGAUAAUGCCAACUGCGGGAUCCAUAGCGCCUCUUGCAAACACUACUUUCGUUUCAAUAGUUAAAAGUUCUUACUCUUUCUACGCUUUUCUAAAAAAUAUGGAAAAUUGA